AUGCUUCAACCAGGGAGCCAUGAUAUAGCGCCGCUUAUCGACCAAAAACUAUCCUACAAGAUAAAUCGUGAAACCACUCAAGAGCCAUCCCUAGGAGGAGGAAGACUACUACCACCACAAUUACCAGAUAGGUCGCCGUACUGUGUCGCUUUCAAUGGAGAGAAUGACCCAUAUCAUCCCCACAACUAUUCCAUUAUCAAAAAAGCCUUGUACACAUUUGCAGUUGGCCUUUCUACGUUUUCUCUAUCAAUGGGUUCUGCAAUGUUUGCUUCUACAAACGAGGAUUUGAAGGAAAUAUUUCACAUUGGCACAGCCGUUGCUGAAUUGGGGACUGCCUUGUUUAUCAUUGGGUUUGCCGCUGGGCCGGUCAUUUACGGCCCCUCUUCUGAGGUCUUUGGAAGGAAACCGGUAAUGGUUCUUUCAUCCUUUGGAUAUGUCUGCUUUGAGUUUGGAACGGCUACGGCCAAAGAUUUGCAAACAAUCAUGCUAUGCCGAUUCUUUGCUGGCUUUUUGGGAAGUGCACCGGUUGUUGUUCUGGCGGCAAUAAUGGUUGAUAUUACCAGGGCUAAAUCAAGAGGUAUUGGAAUGGCGUGUUUCGGAAGCAUCUUAUUUGGUGGCGUCAUGGUGGCGCCUAUAAUAGGAGGGUUUAUAAUCAAGAAUCAGAAAUUGGGUUGGCGGUGGGUUUCAUACGUGUCUGGGAUCAUAGGCUGCUUGGCGUUGGCAUGUAACGUCUUCGUGCUUGAAGAAACAUACCACCCCGUUUUAUUGGCGAGAAAAGCCGAGUUGCUACGAAGAAAGACGGGGAAUUGGGGCAUCUACGCACCACAUGAGGAGGUGUCAUUAAAUUUGAGAGAUAUAGCCGUUGAUCGCAUCCUCAAACCGUUGAAGCUAUUAUUCACCGAGCCAAUUGUUUUCCUAAUCAGCCUUUACAACUCAUUCAUUUACGGAAUCCUUUACAGCUUUUUAAGUGUCAUCCCAUUGAUAUUUGAAGGGAGAUACGGCUGGUCGCGAGGAGUGGCCGAGUUGCCCUAUUUGUCAAUGUUGCUCGGAGUGCUUUCAGGUACCUUAAUCAAUGUUAUUUUUGAAAUCCAGAAUAAUCGAAUGUUUGAACGAACAAACACAAUGUCGGUUCCAGAAAUGCGGUUGCCACCGGUGAUGAUUGGCGCAGUCACCUUUGUCAUUGGCCUCUUCUGGCUCGGUUGGACUGGUGAUUACCCUCAGCAUAUCCAUUGGAUUGUUCCAGUCAUUGGAGCAUUUUUCAUUGGCAACGGAUUAAUGUUGAUUUUUUUGCCAACAAUGACCUAUCUAAUUGAUUGCUAUCUAUACGUAGCAGCCACUGCGUUGGCGGGGUUGACAUUUAUCAGAUCAGGAUUUGGUGCUGCAUUUCCACUUUUCACACAACAAAUGUUUGACAACUUAACCAUAAAGUGGGCAGCAACCUUGUUGGGGUGUUUGGGUGCAUUGAUGAUCCCAGUGCCAUUCUUCUUCAGUAAGUAUGGCGCCUACAUUAGACACAAGUCGAAGCAUGCCUUGAAGUAG